GCAGCAGCAGCAGCAGCGGCAGCAGCAGCAGCAGAUUUGCCCCUCAGGGCUUUUUUCUUCUUCCCCGACGUCGACCAUAACUAACAAUUUGGAUUCGGCACGCGGAUGAGGCCAAUUACUGGACUUAAUCUAUCAUAAUGUCUCCUUUCCGAUCGACUGAUAGUCAAAUGAGUUAAAGCAAUGGCCGGAGAGAUCCGCGAGAAGUGGCUGUUUAAAUGAAGUAACAGAGAGAAGAGCACUUUGAUUUGCAGACUUUUUUUUUUGGAGAGAGCUGAUCGCGCGGACCAUCAUGCGCAGACUGGCGGGUUUUACGCACAGAGAGCCGCUGAGUGCGUUUGAUUUGGGAUUACUGUGACACACUGGACGUGGUUCUUUUCUUUUUUUUUCUUAAAGGGGGAGAUUUCUUUUUUCCAAAAAAAAAAGAAAAAAAAGGAGUCUGCUUCCUCUCGCUCCUGUUCGCUGUCCUCCGGGUUCCUGCAGGACUCCAGAGUCGCCCAUGCAGUCGCCAAGGGAGAGGAGUAAAGUGCGACCCCGAGCUGGAUGGAUGGUUAUGGGGAAAAGAGGGAGACCCUCGGCGCUUGAAGUGUGCAGAGUCCUCGCCGUGUUUUUGUCACUCUUUCCCUGCGUGAGCCUGCAGUGCAAGAUCCUCAAGUGUAACUCCGAAUUUUGGGCCUCCACCUCGAACUCUGGACCGGAGGAGGAGUUUUGCACGGCGCUGCGUGCGUACAACAGCUGCGUACGCCGGACCGCUCGUACCUGCAGGGGUGACUUGACGUACCACUCCGCCCAGCAUGGCAUAGAGGAUUUAAUGAGCCAACACAACUGCUCCAAGGAGGGACCGACAUCCCAACCUCGUGCCCGGACCCCGCUUCCUCCUCCACCGCCGCCGGUCCUGACCGACAGCCAGGAACGCUCCGAUGGCCCGGAGGUGUGCCACUAUGAACGCAGUCUUCCACGCAACACGGCGCCGCCUAACUACACGCACUGUGGCUUCUUUGGAGACCCGCACCUCCGAACGUUUGGCGACGACUUCCAGACGUGUAAAGUGGAGGGAGCCUGGCCGCUCAUCCAUAACAAGUACCUGUCUGUCCAGGUGACCAACACUCCUGUAGUACCGGGCUCCGUCGCCACCGCAACAAGCAAGCUGACAAUCAUCUUUAAGAACUUCCAGGAAUGUGUGGAGCAGAAGAUGUACCACGCAGAGACAGACGAGCUGCCAGCUGCAUUUGCAGAUGGUUCCAAGAACGGAGGGGAUCGGCACGGGGCAAACACUCUGCGCGUGGUGGAGAAGGUUCCUGGGCAGCAUGUGGAGAUUCAGGCCAGGUACAUUGGAACGACCAUCGUGGUCCGGCAGGUGGGCCGCUACCUAACCUUUGCCGUGCGGAUGCCGGAGGAAGUUGUGAACUCAGUGGAGGAAGGCGAUAACCAGGACUUGUACUUGUGUCUACACGGCUGCCCUGCCAACCAGCGCAUCGAUUUUAGGAACUUCAGAGCUCGAGCCGCGGAGGCCCAAAGCGCCAGCAGGACCAGGAGCAGCACCGGGGCGCAUGGCUUUACCUACCAGUCUGCAAAAGCCAAGUGCAAAGAGCGGCUCCCAGUAGAGGAUCUGUACUACCAGUCCUGUGUGUUUGACCUCCUCUCCUCUGGAGACAUAAACUUCACCAUGGCAGCCUACUACGCCUUUGAGGAUGUAAAAAUGCUCCACUCAAACAGCAAGAGAUACCACAUCUAUGAAAAUGAUCCGUUGAUGAGCAGUGCAGUCCAGAGGGGCCAAGGUUUACUUUCCAUCCUCCUCCUCAACCUUCUCGCUGUCUUACUGUGGAGUGCAUGUAGCGGAGUUCGUCUAUAGUUCCAUCACAACAGUGUCCUCGUGGUGUAUCUGUCAGUGAGUGUUAGAGUACCAUCGCUGUGUCACACAUCGGCUCCUCUCUUCUGCUCUGAUUCUGUGACUUGACCAGUGACUUGCCAGUAGGUCACCCCAACCCCGAGUGUGGUAUCAGUGGUUUAGUCGUGUCUUGACAUCAGUCUAUGGACAAGACGAGUUUGCCGUUCUCCCACCUAUCAUCACGUGUAUUUAGCUGGUUCACAGGACUGGUCUUUGAAGAGAGCAGCGGUGAGAGAGCCCAGCUACCCCAGAGCUCAGGAUAUCCACCUGGGAUUAAAUCCCACAUUCUCAUCGGGGCUGCAUGCCUAUGGGAAGCCGGACAAGAUGAUCUUUUGCAGAAAGAGGAGUUUGCUGAUCCUCCCUCCCCUGAUCCCCUCAUUGGUGCCAAGCCAGUGAAGCUCUCUGUGGCUCAUGUGGCGAAGCGAGAGGACCUGACAGGGGCUUUUGUUAACCUUAGGCCAGAAGCAGCUCUAUGUUUGAUUAGUUUCCAGCUUUGGAAAAGCCUGAGCCUUUUGGAGGAAGCACUCAGCCAAAAGGAUGUCAGAGCAGCGUCUCCAGUUGUCUGCUGUGGAGAUUAAUGGGUCAUAUUGUUAGGUUGUGUGUGUGUGUGUGUGUGUGUGUGUGUAUGCAUUAGUACAAUAUGUGUGCAGAAUUCAGCAUCUGUGGUUAAUUUUGUGUGUUUGUGGGUGCAGAAGUUUCCAGAAAGGAGAUAACAAACCUCCAGUGGGAGAAAUCUCUCCCAUGUCUUUGUGUUGCACCCAAAAUUUCAGAAAUAGAAAAGAUGACGCUCUCCAGUCUGUUCAAACGGCCUCUAUCAGCCAAGUAGCAAAUUCCAAAAGGGAACUGAUAAAAAUAGUCCUGUUUUCGUCUGUACGUCAACCUCGGUGUCAUACAACCUUUUCCUCCGUUGCCGGAGCUGACAUGUUGAUCAGACAGUGUUUGUGUUUCAAGUCUGUCGUGUGAAUGUAGCUAACAAGAACAAACUUCAUCAAGGGCACUCAGAGCGUUUUACAGAAUGUAGAUCAACCAAUCAAAAAGCAUGACAACUCUGUGAGAUCAUUUUUGUGAAUAUAAAUCUUGGUUUCCAGUCUCACUUGAACAGUGGUGUAGAUGCUGUUUAGUCCUAGCUGUAAUGACAUCACCUCUAGUCAGUGUAGCGUUUUCUAGACUACCAAUGUGCUGACCUGACUGUGGCUGCUUAGUGAGUUUAACGAUAAGCAUAUGUCUGUAGACGUGAUUCCAUGGCUUAAGUCAUUGCCAAAGAACAAGCCCUCGUGCCAACAUUUCCCUAACAGCUGAAUUUUCAUCUUUCAGUCUUAAACGGCUCACAUUAAGGCGAUUGUAUAUAACUUUGUGUUUGUGGGUGAACUUGCAGAAAAAUGUACAGUAACACAUACUGUAGGAGCAACAUUUCUUUCUGGUUUUUUUUUCCUUGUGUUUCACUCCUCGCCGCGAGAGGUUUCCAUUUGAACUUUGGCUCUCAGCUGCAGUGUCUUGUUAGUGUGCAAGUCAUCCCUGUAGAUACCGUCACUACUGGGGCUCACUUUUAUGGUCAUUUAUCCUUUACACUGAAGUAUUUGGCAGGCCUUACUACUGCUAUUUGGAAUAUGUAUUGGUGCAGUUUGACAACAACGAAAAGAAUAAAAACACCAAAAAAAAGUACAAUACAAACAGAUGAUUGUAAUGUUGAAUCUUGUGUUAAUAGAUGUAAUUGUGUGUUUUACAGUAUAUGGUUCUACAUGUGUAAUGUGAGAUUGUACAUAUGUUUUGUGCAUCGUUGAGUUUAAAUUUGUAUAUUACCAGUUGUGUUUUUUGAAUUUAUCACUCCAGUUUUUUGUACAUGUUUUGGUGAAUGUGAACCUUUUGAUUUGAAAAGGGAUUUUUUUAUUUUUUCUUCUUUUUUUUGCAAAAACAUGAACACCACAGAACAGCGUAGUAUUUACUGAAUACAGUAUCCGCUUCGGUGUUUGUAGAAAUAAAAUGUUAGCUGUAGAUUAAAGUAAAUUAAAAUCCUGAAAACAGCCCACCUUCCCUAGAAAAGAGAAUGUAGGAAAGAGUUCUGGGGCGUUCAUGUUUUUGAGUUUAAAGCACUUUAUGUUUUCUUUUUCAUUUAGCUCUUGUUUUUUUUGUUUUGUUUUGUUUGACUUGUAAUGGUGAAAAAGAAUUCUAAAAAAAAUAGCUGAGUGGGAAACGCCAGAAAGAUCAAACUGUGUUGUACGUUAAAGCAAAUGUGGUCCCACGUGCCAGCUGUUUAUAAUGUAAAUUAUUUAUUGAAUAAAAGAAAAUGUCUUGUU